CUGCAGAGAUCUUCAUUUUCUUGUUGUGGAUUGAAGAACAUUAUUUGCAGUCAUGUCUGGAAGAGGAAAAGGUGGUAAAGGACUCGGAAAAGGAGGCGCUAAGCGUCACCGAAAGGUUCUUCGCGAUAAUAUCCAGGGAAUCACUAAACCCGCUAUUCGUCGUCUUGCUCGCCGUGGCGGAGUCAAGCGUAUUUCUGGCCUGAUCUAUGAAGAGACUCGCGGUGUGUUGAAGGUGUUUCUGGAGAACGUCAUUCGUGAUGCUGUUACUUACACUGAACACGCCAAAAGAAAGACCGUCACCGCCAUGGAUGUUGUGUACGCUCUGAAACGACAGGGACGCACCCUGUACGGAUUCGGAGGUUAAAUCCUUCGUGAAGAAGAGGAAAAAAAGCCAACGGCUCUUUUAAGAGCCACCUACGUUUUUGCAUAAAGAACGUUUUUUUUUUUUUUUUUUUUUUUUAAUGGUGAAAUUAAUUAAGCUUUCAAAUUUUAUAAUAGCUUCAUGGUUGUUUGUUUUUUGUAAAUUGUAAAGAAAUUGAAACUAAGAAAUUCAAUAUUCUAUUCUAUGUUUCUUCUAUGAUUGUGCUUUGCAGUCAAAUAAACUACAAUUUAACAGGUUGA